AUGCCAAGGAAUAAGUUUGAAAAAAUGGUAAUGUGUGUAAACACUGCAAUAAUGCAAGAAAUUGUGAAUGAUACAUCAAAUAAAUAAUAACAUAUUAUAAUCAUUAUCAAUAAAUAUAAUAGGAUAAGACACUAUAAUUAGAAGGUUAUAAAUCAGUAGAAUUCAAGUUGA